AUGUUUUGGAAGCUCCUAAUAUGGUAUCUCCUCCUGAGACUUGCUGCUUCUGAAGGCGACAUCGAUUUCAUUUACAAUGGAUUCCAUGGUGUUAACAUCAGCAUCUACGGCGCUGCAGUGAUCACAUCCAAUGGCCUCCUGCGUCUCACCAAUUCCUUUCAACAAUCAGGCCACGCCUUCUACUCCAUUCCCCUUCACUUCAAACCUUCACACGGUAAAACUCUAUCUUUCUCUACCAAUUUCAUCUUUGCUAUGGUACCCCAAUAUACGAAUUUGACUAGCUAUGGGAUCGUCUUCGUCAUCUCACCUUCAAAAGAGUUCCCAAGAGGUCAACUAGGCCCAUACAUGGGCAUCUUCAAUUCAAUGAACGUGGGCAAUUCCUCGUAUCACAUAGCUGCCGUCGAGCUCGAUACAUUCCCUAAUCAAGAGUACGGUGACAUCGAUGACAACCAUGUCGGAAUCGACAUCAAUGGCUUACAUUCCAUCACAUCCGCUCCUGCAGCUUACUUUAGUAAUAUGAGCGGCGGGUUUAAGAAUCUAAGCCUUAUAAGCGGAGAACCAAUGCAUGUUUGGAUAGAUUAUAAUAGUUCCCAAAACCAACUUAAUGUAACAUUAUCUCCUAUCAACAUACCUAAACCCAAUCGUCCACUCUUGUCGUCGACGGUGAAUCUUUCAUCGAUCAUGUUAGAUAACAUGUAUGUUGGUUUCGCUUCAUCAAUCAGAACGGUUCCAGUAUAUCAUUACAUCUUGGGAUGGAGUUUUAAGAUGAAUGGUCAGGCUCAGGAGCUUGAUCCCUUGCACCUUCCCAAGCUUCCACGAAUAGGACCCAAAAAGAAAUCGAAGCUUUUAACAAUUGGAUUUCCUGUAAUUGUGGUAUUUUUUGUGUUAACGGCCAUCUCAUACCUCAGUCUCAUUGUAAGAAGGAAGAUGAAGUUGGUUGAAGUACUAGAGGACUGGGAACAUGAAUACGGGCCCCACCGGUUCUCAUACAAGGAUCUAGUCAUGGCCACGAAGGGCUUCAAAGACAGAGAGCUAUUGGGGUCUGGAGGUUUUGGUAAGGUUUAUCGAGGUGUGUUAUCAGCCUCGAAGAUGGAAGUGGCUGUGAAGAGAAUCUCUCAUGAAUCUCGACAAGGGAUGAGGGAAUUCAUAUCUGAGAUUGUGAGCCUGGGCCGCCUCCGGCACAGGAACUUGGUGCAGCUUCUGGGCUAUUGCAGGCUAAAGAGGGAGCUCCUAUUGGUUUAUGAUUUCAUGCCCUAUGGAAGUCUAGACAAGUUCCUCUUCAACCAGACAAUUUCAUUGCUGACCUGGCAUCAACGGUUUUCGAUAAUCAAAGGAGUAGCUUCAGGGCUUCUCUACUUGCAUGAGGGAUGGGAGCAGGUGGUCCUUCACAGAGAUAUCAAAGCCAGUAAUGUUUUAUUAGAUAGCGAGAUGAAUGGUAGAUUAGGCGACUUCGGCCUUGCCAGAUUGUAUGAUCAUGGGACUAAUCCACAGACGACCCACAUGGUGGGGACCUUUGGAUAUAUUGCACCCGAGCUGACUAGGACCGGGAAGCCCACCAAAAGCACUGAUGUGUUCGCAUUUGGAGCUUUCAUGCUCGAGGUUGCUUGCGGAAGGAGGCCUAUCGAUCGCCGAUUAUCGUCGGAUCAGGUGCUUUUGGUCGAAUGGGUGUCGGAAUGCUGGAGGACAGGGACAAUUCUGGCGGCAGUGGAUCCGAAACUGGUACUUGAUUAUGAUGUGGAGGAGAUGGAGUUGGUGCUGAAGCUUGGAUUGCUGUGUUCGCAUCCGUUGUCAGCCGUGAGGCCGAGCAUGCGGCAAGUAAUGCAGUUUUUGGACCGUGAUGCACCUUUACCCAAGCUCUCUUUAGACACUCUGGGAGCGGCGAUCCUGGCAGAGGGCCAUUAUGAAGGGUCUGAUGUUCUACCCUUGUUAUAUUCUUCUUUGGAACAGCGGUUCGCAAUCAGUACAACAUCGGUCGAAGAAUCGGUCCUCUCUGGUGGCCGUUGA